UGCCGUGCCGUAGAAGAUUUGUUGUGGUGGUUGUUAUCCAGAAACAGAAAUCAAGUUGGCUCUCUAGGCUAGUCAAAUCAGCCGUCCUACUCGCAUUUGUUUAUAGGAUCUGGUCUACAUUAGUCGCUAAAAACCGCCCUAGCUUGUAUAUCGGAGGGUUGCUUUUCACUGAGCAGUUUGUUUGUUUUGUAUGAUGCUAUAGUUAGCUAGCUUACACUAGCAUUGGGAUAAGCUGCACCAUGAACCCCAUAACAAUGAGGCUGCACAUCCUCCUCAGACUCAGGCUGUCAUGUCUCUGAUCCUGUUUGCGUUCGUGGUGCGCGUCAGGGAUGGACUCCCCCUGUCAGCUUCCACCGACUUUGAGCACAAUACAGAGCUCCAGGAGAGGAAGCAGCAGCUCAGGACCAUCAGCAAGUCACUGGGCCGUUUUCCUGACAGGGUCACCGUUAAGGGCCGCAAGCUCAAUAUAUACUUCGUCUCCUCGGAGGGUGUAUCCUACAUGAGCGUGUGCCACAGCAGCCUCCCCGUCGCUAAAGCCUUCUGCUUCCUGGAAGAUCUGCGCUGGGAGUUCACAGCAUGCUUCGACAGCGCCGUCAUUUCCCUGGCAGCCAGGCCGUAUCCAUUUUUGGAAUUUGACAACACCAUUCAAAAGCUGAAGCAGCAGUACAACCAGACUGGUGGUCCUGCACUAGAGGUGACUCUGGCGGAGGUCCAAGAGGAGCUGAGGAUCCGUCCACCGCAAGUGAUCAGUCUGGAUGAAGUGGAGCUGACCAACGGGACCGCGAAUGGGCACAUAGAACAAAGCGCCACGUCGGCAGGUAUAAAUCAGAGGCUGGAACCAGUGACGGCGCCGGGCAUCCUUUCUCUCGUCCUCAACAUCAUGUGUGCGUCUUUGAACGUGAUCCGUGGGGUCCACCUCAUAGAGAACACAUUCCAGGACGACAGCGAAGCCACAUGGAAGGUUGCGGCAUUUUUUAUCGCGUUCCUCUGCUGUUCUCUUCAGUGCCACCUGUACCUGUUCCACUCGUCCCUGAAGAAGCUGAAGUCCUUCCUCCUUUUGGCCGCCAUCGUCCUCUGCAACUUGCACCUGCUCGGCGUGAGGAACACGUGGCAGCUCCUCUUCCACGUCUCCGUCGCCUCCCUCUCCACCUCGCUCACGCUCACUCGCAGACUCCAGCACAGAUCCGACGACUGCGGCGUCUGAGGAGCUCAGAACUGUCCGCUGUGCCGCACCGACCCAAGUAUUCAGACCGGAGGAGAUGUAAACUGCCUAUUUCACCGUGUGGAUUUUUUUUUUUAAAUUACAGUAACUAAAAAUGAAGACGAUAAUGAAUGGAGUUUCAUUGUGGAAAUUCUUAUGGCUCACGCUAGUUCUCUCUUGUACAUAGCGAGCAUUUUUACUUUUUUUUUUUUUUUUUCUAGACAGGGAAUGACAGACAGGCAGUGAGCGUGAGUGCUUGAACAUGCAUUUGACCUCAAAGCAAAAUGACAAAGAAGGAAACGUUUCCCAGUCACUGUUGCUCACCAAAGUUUUCUACACAGAGACCAUGAACCCGUCUUAACAGCGCUCGCUACUUUGGAUCACGCGACCCAUUUUUUUGCUCGCGUUCUGCUCCGGCUUUUCCGGACCUUUUGUUAUUGUUCCCUAAUCGCUCCACGGGGUUCCCCGGACCGUUUGUAAUUAUUGUACUUUUAAGAUAGGAAGAACAUGCUUUAUGGGUGCAAACAUGUUGCUUUUGUAGGAAUGUAAGUUAUUUUUUUAAUGGUUUGAAUUAAUAGAUGAAGUGAAGGAUAGCUCUCAGUGCUGCUUGUUAGCUUUCUAUGGUCCGGUACACGUUUAGCCAAAACAAAAGCCUAAAUCUUUAAAGAAAUGUUGCAUGUUGGUUGGGUUCCUUUAUCUUGUUUUACAGUUUCACAGGCCUGCUCUAAAACUGAAUACUCUGUCUGAGGUUAAAGCCCAUUGGCCUUUUCAUAAGCUCUGUCGUCCACAGGCACUUCCUUCCAGUUUAAGUUUUUAUUCUAUCAAAUCAGCUACAGAUAUAUUUUAAGCAGAGAACCACUGAGAAAUUUGCUGGUCAACAAGAUUGUCCAAAUUUAGCUUAACCGGCCCUGAUUGGCGACCGGUCGGUCAUAAACUCAAAGGUUUUAUCUUUUUAUGCCUAGUGGAGACGCCACACUGAGUGCUACACGAGUCACAAUAAGAAAUCCCUCCGCUAGCUUACUGACUGAAGCUAGCAUAAAGACGACUCAAAAGUUAGCUAUUUUAGGUAUCAGUGGGGUGUUUAGAAAUAGUCAGAAGUUAUUUAGAUGGAAACUUUCUUCCACGACAUGUUAGGAACAUGUCAUGGCUGCUAGAGAUGGAGACUUUCAGCAGAUAAUAGGAAGCCUGAAGGGAGUGUAGCAAUGUUUCUUUGGUUAGCGUUUCCAUCUUAGGCACCAUGCUGGAUUAGGAGAUGAUGGCAGUUUUUGGAAACCUCAGAGUUAAGGCAAGGACCUCCAUUCCCUAGGGAAUAGACACAGACUGCUGUCUGAGUUAUGCUAACAGUGCGAAUCACUAUAUCUCACACACAGUGUGACGUAGCCUCUGUGCCUCCUUUAAAUAAUGAACGACCGCUCAUGGCAGGAAUGCUGUAAAAGCACAUUUUGAAUGAUUUUCUUAUCUCUUCUUGUAUUGUAGCUCUUAAAUAGAAAUCUUAGUCGGCUAAAAUUGAUAUGGGCAGCUCAGAGCUUUACAAAGUCGGCCAAAAAAUUGCGAUUGGGUCGUCUCUGCAUCUUAGUCCUGCCAUUUUCAACAGAUGUAUAAAUUUAAACAGAUGAUAAGGACAUGAAAGCACUGAUUUCUUUUGUAUGGUUUAUUUUAUCUUUAAAGCUGCACUAUUACAUAAAGUAAUACUUGUCAGGGUUUUAUUGCUGAAUGUUUUAAAAUUUUAGCUAUUCUUAAUUUAUAUUUAUUUUCCGUUUUUCCGUAUGCUUUGGGGGCUCAGCUCAUCUGCUUUAUGGUGGUAGUUCUCACGUUAAUAUAAAUGAAGAAGUCUGCUUUACCUACAUUUAUGUUUGACUACAAAUUCACGAAUGUAACAUGAAAAGAUGAAGUGUCAUGUAAUAACUCUUGUAGCGGUUUUCUUUGUUCUUACAACAGCUUUCAGCGACUAAAUGGAACAAUACCAAGCAGUGAAAGCUACUUUGUACAGCUGGCACUGUCAUGGAUCCAGUAGGGCUGGAUGGGAUCGGUGUUUUUCCCUAUUAGCUACUGACAUCUUGAUAAAUGUAGAAAGUUGGUUAUUUUUCAAGAAAAUCUAAAAAAAAAAAAAUCCAAAUGAU